AUAAUGAAUUGUUCGUUGUUUGGCUAUCCCGGGAGUAAAAUUGCCGAGAAGUAGUAUUUGUUCGACACGGAGACUCGGGGCGCUGGUCCGGACAGACGGCGGGGUCGCGCCUCUCGGCUGGACCUUCCUCGCGGGCGCCGGUGUGUAGAAGCGUCGCGGCUGGCGCGGGGAUGGAGGCGGACCUGCUGCGCUGCCUGCGGCGCCCCACGCGGGUGUCGCUGCUGGAGGCGCGCGUGCCGCGGCCACGAGGGGGCGUGCCGGAGCGCGGCCUGCCCCUGUGGUACGACACGCCGCUGGACCGGCCCCUGCCGCUGCUGCUGCCCACCCAGGACUCGGUCGUCUUCACGCGCGGCAAGCUGGGGCGCAAGCUGAGGAAGGCGGUGCCGGGCCACGAGCAGCCCUUCGUGCUGACGGACCCGCUGCUGCGGAACGUGCCCUCGCUGGGCUACGAGCCGCUGCACGACGAGGACCUGCGCGACCACUUCUCCCGCGGCCACGUGCGCGCGCACCUCAAGAAGGCGGGGCUCAUCACCGCCGAGGGCGACGUGCUGUGCUCGUACAAGCAGUUCGCGCAGUACCGCCGCUACCUGGGCUCCCUGCACCGGCAGGCCGUGGCCGCCGAGAUCCGGUGCCAGGAGGAGGCGCGCAGGGCCGCGAGGCAGCUGUCCGCCGCCAGGAGCGCGUGGCUCGAGGCCCGGCGCAACCUGGUCCCGGCGCGCAUCGACGGCCUGAGCGAGACGUUCCGGGAGGAGAAGUGCUGCGUCGGCGACUGCCGGACGUGCCGGUGCGCGUGCACGCAGCAGGAGCCCGCCGCCGACACGUGCCCGCCGCCAUUGUUCGCCCUGCCGUGGAGCAAGCUGAAGCCGGGUCGAAGACAGCCCAAGGUGACCAGGGAGUGGCUGCAGAGGUCCAUCGCCCAGCUGAAGACCAAGCACCGCAACGGCGAGCUGCUGCGCCGGUCCGAGGAGGAGAUGCGGCAUCAGGUCGCCCGGCUGAGGGCCGCCUACCGGAGGCAGUGGAGCGCCAUGGAAGAAAAGAUCCGGAGAGCGAAGUGGGCCAGGGAGAAUGUGAGAUCGGAGCAGUUUGUGGUGCGGACGAAACGAAUGUCAGCCGCAUUUGUUAAAGCCUGGCAGGAUCGGGUGGACGGCAGGAAGAGCCCGACCCCAGCAGAGACGCUGAAGCUGCUGCAGUCCAUGCCGGCAGAAGAUUCCUUCUACGCGCUGUUGGAGGCGAAGCACAGACUGGAGAGGCUGCGCAGAGCGCCGGAGGCAGUGACGUCCGUGAUCGACGAGCUCGUGGACAGCACUGUGCUGUCGUUCACCGUCAAGCAGGUGACCCGGAUGGUGGAGGAGGUGCUGGAGAGGCUGACACAGAGGGUGAGCAGGGCGAAGGAGAGCGCGGUCGCGGGCCGCACCUCCCAGGUGCUCGUAGACGCUCUGCGCAGGCGCUCCAUCGACGGCCAGCAGCCGACAGAAGAGAAGAGUGAAAAAGUGACACAAACCUCUCAGCCAGAGUGUCAGAAGAAAGAAGAGAUUUCAAGCGAUCCUUUGAUCAGGUUUCAGGUCCCGCACACUCCCGAGACAAAAGCGAUGGCUAUUGUAGACACGAGUGUCGCCAAGACUCCAGCACCGUCGGUAACACAGCUGGUGGAAGCAGUGUUUGAAGAGGAUUUGCCACGGCAGCUCCCGAAGGUGUCCUUCCGCCACCACACCAAGCUGAAGGAGAAACUGCGCACUCUGGCAUCCUUCCUGAGAGACAGCAUAGUGCAGAUGCCGGAGAACAAGAUCAGGGCCUUGAAGAAGAAGGUCGUCCACAAGGACUACUCUGCCAGUACCACCAAUGAUCUAUGCAUCACGAAGGUGAGCGAAGAACUGGCCAACGCAAUCAUGAAAUACGACUUGAAGCAAGUAAUGGAGUCCAAAGAAAUACAGAACGUGAUUGACUGCUUGCUGUACAAGCUUAUGAAAGUGGCGUAUGAAGAUAUGAAGGAUCAAAAAUGAAUGAAAGAGAAAGAGGUUGCCUGUUAUGUUUUCAUUUGUCUUAUGUCCAAUUGUUUUUUUGUCUUUGUGUGAUUAUAACCAUUUAUAAAUUGUGAAAAUUAAAUUUAUUACUGCCAAAAAUUGGUAUAUAUCCAAUAAACAAA